AUUUCUAGAAGUUUUCAUUUCAAAGACAUUUGUAAUUUUAACAACCAACAUAAUUGCUAAAAAGACAAAUACCCAUUCUUUUGGAAACUGCUCAGUUUUUUCCAUUGUAUUUUUAUUAUUUAUUUGAGUAAAUAAUUUAUUUUUAAUUUAGGAAAAUAUGGCCCGAUUUUGGCGAAAUUUGGAUCUUAAGCGUUUGUCAAUACCGGAAGAUUUACGUUUAAAAAAAGAUUGCGUCUCGAUUCAAGAAGGUUUCAGAGAAAUCGAUGAAGCAAAAGUGUUUUACCGAGAAGGAGUACCUCUUGCUGAUGCAGCACCUUCAGCUAUUUCUGUUCUUCUACUACAUGGGCAAAUGUUUUCAUCAAAAACUUGGCUUGAUCUAGGAACAAUACAUACUUUAUCUGCAAUGGGCUAUCGGACUGUUGCUGUAGAUCUCCCAGGUUUUGCUAAUUCACCUCCAGCUAAAAUUCCAGAUCAAGCAUCUUUCCUUCAUUCAAUUCUUCUGAAUUUUGGAUUAGCUCGUCCUGUCGUUAUUAGUCCAAGUAUGAGUGGUCGUUUCUCUCUACCUUAUCUGGUACAUAACUGGAAAAAUCUUGCAGGUUUUGUCCCUGUAGCACCUGUAGGAUUUGAGGUGCUUGAAGAAUUGCCAAAUUGCAAAGACCCAUCAAUUAAAAAUCAAGUUUAUAAACCCUUGCAAGAAUUUCUGUAUGAUCCAAUUCCUGAUUUAAGUUCAAUUCAGACACCAACUAUGGUUGUGUUUGGAGAAAAUGAUCGAUCUCGAAGUUCUGCAUUGUUGAACUUAUUACCAAUGAGCCAGUGUCAGGAAAUACCAAAUGGAAGGCAUCCAGCAUACCUUGAUAAUCCAAACUUGUGGCAUCAGUUAUUGUAUAAUUUUCUAGAAAGUUUAUCUCAUACAUACAGUCUUGAAAUGUAAAAUACAUAGUAAUGUUGUUUUUUAAAAAAUACCAAAGAUAUGUUAGCAUACAUUAUAUAAUAUGUUUUGAUUAUGUUAAAAUUUUACAUUUGUUGAAUUGUUCACUUAAUCAACAAAUUACGAUCUUCAAUCAUCAUUUGGCAGUUUGGCCAAAUUAAUGUUUUAAUACAGAAUUUAUAAAAUGUUAUUUUUUUAUAGAUAUUAGUUUUCAGGUAAAUGAUGAAGUUUUGUAGUAAAAUCAGCUAUGUGAUGGUGAGCAAGGCACAAAUUUUAUGGUAAAUAUAUUUUUUGUAUAUUAUUUCUAGAUGGUAACACUUUUUUUAUUGGAUACAAAUUUUAAAACAUUUCUUAUUUUUAUAUAAUGAUAUAGGUAUCAUUUUAAUCUUUGUGCAUGCUUUUUGUAUACAAAUUAUUGGAUCAAUAUAUAUAUAAAAAAUCAUAUUGCCAAUUUCUUUUUCUUCUUUUAUGCUUGGUAUCAUACUUUUUAUUCAUAUUUUGUCCUUUAUAUUAAAAAAGGGGUGGGAUGUAAAUUUUAGCUGUGAGCUCUUAAUGGAUUACUUAAAAUGGAAAACUGAGAAAAUAAGUAAAUAAACACUUAAAAUGGAAUAAAGAUUCUUUUUUUUUUUUUUUUUUUUUUGCUUUUUGAACUAGAGAGGCAUAUUUUGUUCCAUUCAAAUUUUGAAUUAAUUUGAAAUUAUAGUUUUCAUUAUAAACAUUCCAUUUUUGAGCACAGUAGGUUAUAGGUAACUGCUUAAAGAUUUGCAUUUUUUAAUAACUGUUGCAUCAUAGCAUUAUCUUAACGAAAUUCAAAAAUAUCAUAUUUGCAUUAUUGUGUUUGUUAUAAAAACUGAGUAAAUGUAAAAAAAAAAAAACAAAAAAAAAAACAGCUGUAUAUAAUGUUUUCUUUAGUUUUAUAAGACAUAUAAAUGUUUUAUUUUUGAUAAAAGAAAGUGAAAUAAAUAAAUAAAAAAAACUUAUUUAUCUAAAUGGAAAAAAAUGGUAUCAUUUCUGAAAUAUCAAUUUUCACAACAUGAAUAUGUGAAAAAUUAUUGUAUAUAUAGAAUGAAAUUCCUUGUUUAUCUUAUAUAAGAAUAGCAAAGUUGCAUUAACUAAUACUACAUUUUUUUCCUUCAUAUUUUGCAGUUUUUAUUGUCAGCAGCGUUUAAAAAAUAUUUUCAAUCCUGAAGAUUAACUGUUUGAAUUUCAUAUGCUUAUUAUUGAUUCCAUUUGUUUCUUAUUUGAUGAUGUAAUGGUUUUAAUAAUAAUUAUAAUUGAGAGUGAAAUUUAAAAUAUUUUUUAUAGCAUGUAUCAAAUUAGCCAAAAUAUUAAUUAUAUUUAUAAUAAAUUUAUAUUGUUUUCUUGCAA